AUGGCUGCAGCAGCUGCUUUUGGGAAAGAGAAAGAAAGGAAAGGGAAAAAAAAAAGGGGCUACGGCCAUGAUUGCAGCUGCGGCGGCGGCGGCUGCGUUUGCAACAGUUGUGUCUACGAAAGAAGAGGAGGAAGAAGGCAAUGUGGUGAAAGGGGCUGCGACUGUGGCAACGGCAACGGCGGUGGCUGCGGCAGCUGCGUUUGGGAAAAGAAAAAAAAGAAGGAACAAGACCACGUAAUCGUCUCAGGCAUCACAAUUCUUGCACCGGUCAACUCUCCCAACACUGAUGGGAUCGAUCCAGACUCAUCCUCCAAUGUCCGCAUUGAGGACUGCUACAUAGUCUCAGGCGAUGACUGCAUCGCCAUUAAAAGCGGUUGGGAUGAGUACGGGAUUGCAUUCAACAUGUCAAGCAAACACAUAGUGAUCAGACGGCUCACCUGCAUCUCCCCCACGAGCGCUGUCAUCGCCCUGGGAAGCGAGAUGUCGGGAGGAAUCCAAGAUGUCCGGGCCGAAGACAUCACGGCCAUCCACUCCGAAUCCGGCGUCAGGAUCAAGACGACCAUCGGAAGGGGAGCUUACGUGAAGGACAUAUUCGUGAGAAGAAUGAAUCUGCACACGAUGAAGUGGGUCUUCUGGAUGACGGGCACCUACGGGCAGCACCCGGACGACAAAUUUGAUCCGAAAGCCAUUCCGGUGGUGCAGAAUAUCAGUUACAGCAACGUGGUGGCCGAGAACGUGACCAUGGCCGCGAAGCUGGAGGGGAUUCCCGGCGCGCCCUUCACCGGAAUAUGCAUCUACAAUGUGACGGCGGAGGUGGUGAAGUCGAAGAAGCCGAUUUGGAACUGCACCGACGUGGAGGGCGUAUCGAGUCACGUGACGCCCACUCCCUGUGCGCAGAUUCCGGAAUAUCCAGAUCGUAUAACGCAUUGCCCCUUCCCUGAAGAUGAUCUACCUGUGAAUGGUGUUGGGCUAGAGGAGUGUGCUUAUCACAGAGCCAAGCCAUGA